GCGAAUUAUGAUGAUAAUAAUUUAAUUUCCUAUUUUCUCACAGUGAAGAAGAAAUUCAACAGGAAAAAUGUCUACUCCAAUGGCAGAAAUUUCAAGCUGUUUUCUCAAAAUCUCCAAUUAGGCCGACCUGAAACAUCAACUCGCCGGCGGAUGACCCGAUUCUGAUAGCCGUACAACCGCCGGACAAAAUGAUAGGAAUGGAAUCAUCCCCAGCCCAUCUCCCGCCGCAAAAUUUGUAUAAAAAAGCUCAAGGUUUCUCGAUCACCCGCAGCAUCUUUUUCCGCAUCUCCAAAUCCCACGGCGGCGGCGGCGGCGGCAGCAAGUUCAAGCAUCACCAGCUGCGCUGCUUCACAUUGUCGCCUGAGCAUUCGUUUUCCGUGGAUAAUUCUCGGAAGAGAUGUCAGAAACCCAAUUCCUUCUCAGCUUUCGUCUGCCGUUCCUCAUUGGCUUCACCGCAGAGUAACCAGGAAGAGGCUCAAAGAAAAGUUCCUGAUGUUAAAACGCUAGUGAGUAGAUUCUGGAAAGUGGCUGCUCCGUAUUGGUUCUCCGACGAUAAGGUGGAGGCCAGGUGGCGGCUGGCUACUGUUUUCGCCCUCACUUUGGGGACAACUGGAAUUAGCGUCGGCUUCAAUUUUCUCGGCCGUGACUUUUAUAAUGCUCUAGCCAAUAAGGAUCAAGAGCAGUUCACUAAGCAACUGAUGUACUACCUAGCAAGUUUCGCUGGUGGAAUUCCGGUUUUUGUUUUGCGAGAUUAUGCGAAAGAUACUCUUUCUUUAAGAUGGAGGUCUUGGAUGACAAGUUAUUACAUGGAUCGGUAUCUGAAGAAUCGAACAUUUUACAAAAUACAAUCUCAAUCAAUUAUUGAUAACCCUGAUCAGCGGAUUGUUGAUGAUUUAAGUGCUUUCACCGGCACAGCUCUUGCAUUUUCCUUGACAUUCUUCAAUGCGACUGUGGACUUGAUAUCUUUUAGUAACAUUUUAUAUGGUAUUUAUCCACCGCUUUUUCUCAUACUUCUCGGUUACUCACUUGGCGGAACAGCUAUCAGUGUCUUCCUCGGGAGGGGAUUGGUGACUCUAAACUUCUUGCAAGAGAAAAAAGAAGCAGAUUUUCGUUAUGGACUUGUGCGCGUUAGAGAAAAUGCUGAAUCCAUUGCGUUUUACAAUGGGGAGGAAAAUGAGAUGCAACUACUGGUGCAACGGUUCAGAAGCGCAUUUGAUAAUCUUAGUAAAUUGUUGAUAUCUUCCAGAAAUCUGGAGUUCUUUACCAGUGGCUACCGAUACCUGAUCCAGAUUCUUCCUGCAGCAGUUGUUGCACCUAUGUUCUUCGCUGGAAAAAUUGAAUUUGGAGUCAUAAAUCAGUCUGUGUCUGCUUUUAAUCACAUACUUGGAGAUUUUUCCCUCAUUGUUUACCAAUUUCAGGCUAUCAGUGCCUUUUCUGCUGUCAUAGAUCGACUAGGUGAGUUUGAUGAUCUCUUAACUAGUAGCGAAAACAGAACCGACACUGAGGCAAUGGAAGAAAUUGUUCGUAAUGUUUGUGAUAUAAACAGUUCUAGUGCAUCUAACGGAUCCGUGGCAGUCAACCGAGGUUCAAAAUUACUAAUGAUUGAACAUUUGACUCUGAUGACUCCAAGUAAAGCAACUCUUAUUAGAGACUUGUCGUUGGAAAUCAGCGAGAAGGAACAUCUGCUGAUUACUGGACCGAGUGGAAGCGGUAAAACUUCAUUACUGAGAGCUGUAGCUGGUCUGUGGAGCUUUGGAAAGGGAACUGUGAGAUUCCACGACACAAACGCAGUGGAUACUUCGUCGUGCCUUUCUGCAGAUGCUGCUUCUUCGGAGGCAACUGUGGUUAACGAAGGCAACCAUGGUUACGACAAACACAAUGAUAGAAAUUCGAGAGCUGCUUUUUUCCUUCCUCAAAAACCGUACAUGGUACUGGGAACACUUCGUCAGCAACUGCUCUAUCCUACUUGGAGUGUAGAUCCAGCACCCACGUCAGAUGGUGAUUCAUCAACUGAUUCAUUACCUUUCUUGAUGCGAACCAAAGACAUGGAUGCAUAUCCUCCAAAGCCAACAGCCAAGGAUUUAAUCAAAGUUCUAGAAGAUGUUCGACUUGGCAAUAUAUUAUCAAGAUUCGAUCUGGAUUGCACAUAUGAAUGGUCGAGUGUCCUCUCCAUCGGUGAGCAGCAACGUCUAGCAUUUGCACGCUUGUUGCUAUCAAAACCGAACUUGGUUCUUUUGGAUGAAUCAACUAGUGCUUUAGAUGAAGCCAAUGAGGCACAUUUAUAUCAGCUAAUAGAAGCAGCUGGGAUUACAUUCAUAAGCAUUGCCCACAGAACAACUCUCUACAAAUAUCAUAAAAACGCGUUACACAUCACUCCAUUGGAACCAACAAACGAGCUUCCCAAUUGGCGUUUCGAACCCAUCAGUAAAGAUUCUGCCUACAAUUUAUCAAACCAGUAAAUACAAACUUAAUUAAAAGCCGAGGUAAUUAUAUUACUCAAUCUCCGAAUUUUAUACCUUUUCCACUCUUGAACUGAAUAUAUUUAUAUAUAUAAAUGUAUGUGAUGUGUGAUGUAUGGAUAAACGUGUAUUCGAUAAAUUUGUGUUGAAUUUGUUAAAGAAUAGAAGUUUCUGCAAUUGAUUGAGUUAUAGGAUCUGUCAAAAAAUAUAAUUAAUUAAUUAAUUAAUUAAUGAAGUUACACU